UCUGCAAACAAGGACCUCUCGUCGGCGACCUCUAGUCCUGAGUGGACUGGCCCCACCUCCAGCCGGCCCCCGGGUAUAUAGCCUCGCGCCCUCGCCGCGAGGCGCACUCGCCAUGCUGCGCUGCGUACUGCUGGUAGCGGCGGCGGCGCUGUGCGGCCUGGUGGUGGCCGGGGGCGGCGCGGGGGCGGCAGGGGGCGGCCCGGAGAGCUUGUCGGGGGAGGGCUCGCCCCAGCAGAGCUACGACACCCGCCAGCUGUGGCACCAGGUGCUGCCUCGCGCGGCGCCCAGGGACCUGGACACCGCUGAGUCCUUCUACCACCACCAUCACCGCGGCUGGGGCGGAGGCGGCUGGGGCGGCGGCGGCUGGGGCGGGCCCGGAGGCGGCUGGGGCGGACCCGGGGGUGGCUGGGGCGGCGGCGGCUGGGGCGGAGGAGGCGGCUUCGGGUUCGGCGGCUGGAAAGGCAUCGGCUGGAGCGGCGGCUGGGGUCGCUGACCACGACCUUGCGAGUGAACAUGGUACCAACCUGGGAAAACCGAUCAACACGAACUUUUUUUAACUAAUAAACUAUUUUUUUUUUAAAAAGUGUUAAUUAAAUUUUACGAAAUCAAAAACGCUUGUUUAAAAAAUACAUAUACCCUAAUGAAAUGAACAUCGUGAUGUCUUUUUUUUUAAAUUCCUCUGGUGUAUUUGAUGUUUCAAAGCUUUCACUUGGACAGAACCGAUCCCAGCUCUUCCUGGUGGUGCAGACACGCUCUCUCUCUCUCUCUCUCUCUCUCUCUCCUGGGUGGACGAUGCUGCCACCUCGUGUCGACGGUAGCUGUCCGAAGUACAGUAAAAACCUCGUCCAUCCGGCCCUCGUUCAACCGGAUCUGCGGAUGAUCCGGAUCAGAUCUGAAAAACAUUUUAUUUAAGAUUCACAUGAAUAUAAUAUAUUAUAUAUUUUUUUAACUAAUUUAGCAACUUUGAGUACGCCAAAUAUUGACUUCGUGGUUUGAUUCUAAGUACAGCUCCUGCGUGGAUGGUAGAAGUUUGGUGAUAAAAAUAAAUUUUGUUGACUUUUAAACAGCUGACAAAAAUCUUUGGGGUACUUGGGAGCGUCAGCCCAGAUGAAAUACUAAUGAAAAAAACGUUUGCAUCUCCGUGCUUCAUUCAAACACCAUACAUUAAAAAAAAAAAAAAACAUAAAAUCGUGGGUGAAUUCUUUGUUAAGAAGUUAUGUGAAAAGUUAUGUUUAUAUUUUUAAUAUCUUUUUUUAUCAAUAUAGGGCAUGUAUAAUAUCCAUUUUUGUUACAAAACUUAGUGUUUUAUUGUAAUAAAAGGUAAGUCUGCUAAUUUAAGGAUUUUGUUUUUUGUAUUACCCAUAUCAUCCGGAUUAUCCGGUUUUUCGGUUGUCCGGAUUGCAUUUCGCCCCAGUUAGCCCGGAUGGACGAGGUUGAACUUUAAAGGGAUAUAAAAGAAUAUAGGCCAGUUUAGAGGUUUUCAGAUUUUUUUUCUCAAAAAAAAUAAUACCUAAACAUUUUGUUAAGUAAUUUACGUAAGCAUGCUACAUGGCAACCGAAAUUUUAGAAUACGCAUGUAUCCCUUUGGGACCAGACAGUUUCACGUCAACGUUCAACUAAACAUAAAUACUUAUAUAUAUUGUGUCACUUUCACCCUUCUGAUUCUAACUGUCUCAACUAUUGUAAUUAAUUGAUUGCCGAACAAAGGUGUUGGCUUCUAGCCGUCUCUCGUCUACAGGCGAGCGAGCGACGCAGCGCAAACGAACGGGCAUGGAAUGUUUAUUCUAAGUUAUUAAUUUCAAUUAUUUAUUAAAUAACAAUGUAACCAUUUAUCAUUUAUAACGCAAAUAAAUUAUACAUACGGGCACAUAACCUCACACAACUCUCCUGUGAAAACAGACAGGGCACUACUAAAGCUUUGACUACCAAACCAGAUGCACAACGAACACAGUAGGAUUACAUGAGUUGUGUUUGUUCACAGUAUCUGUUUAGUUUCAUCGCAGAGUUCACCUGUUGCGUCGGUGUGUUUUUCCAAGGUUUUUGUUCGACUGUGUUUUCUGUCCUUGUCACAACUUUCUCGUCGUUUACAGACCACUGCUCGUCUGUGACGCCAUAUUUUUUUCCCCCGACUAAUUUCUUCCGCGGAACUAUCUGUGCUGUCGAUGUGUUUAACUUUUGAACUUCAGCUGAGUUUGGCUUGAUCCCUGUGUUUGUUUUUGUACUUGUAUCUUUUGGUCCAUUCCCGUAGUUUCUGUGCGACAUAUAUACAGUGAGAACAUGGCAUUUUUGAGUAUGUUCGUUAAAAAUUUUUUAAUGAAGAAUUUUCGCAGCUUGUUAUGGUAGGUUACUCCUACCUAACGAUUUUGCCCCUAAACGGCAGGACAUCUGCGAAACGGUCAAGUCAAGAGGGUUGCAUAACACUCAGGUAUUGACGACUCGUAUAGCUACAAGAGAAUCACUAGCGGCCACGUGCUUAGUAACAGCUAAGCGAACAGCUAUUGGGCGCUGAUGCGGUCAUCCGCGAAUUAUGUCAUUUUCAUUUCCCCGAGAAUAAGUAGGGGUCUCCUGAUAUGAUUCAAGCAGAGUGGCGCAUUUUAUGUCAUCUGUAAAUCUUGUUCUAAUAAAAAUAAAAGUGUAUUACACCAAA